AGAUAACCAAAACCCUCUUCUCCUCCGCAGCGAAGAGAAAUCGCGAGGAGCGAGCGAUGGGUUACCACGCCGUCCUCCACUCCGCCGCCCCUCACCCUCUCCUCGCCAUCCUCCGAAACCCUAACCCUAACCCUAACCCUAACCCUAGCUUCCUCCCUUUCCGCCGCCCCUCCCCCUUCGGGGGGAACCCUCGCCUCCGCAACCUCACCGCCUCCGCGACGCCACCGGGGGCCGUGGAGCGCGACCCCCGCGACGCGCUCGAGCGGUGCUUCUUCAUCUCGCCGGACUCCGGCCCGCCAUCCUGCUCCUCGGCGGCGGCGGCGGCGGCGCCCUCCGUGGCGCCGUCGCCGGUGAUGAAGGGGGAGUACGGCGCCUUCGGCGCCGUGACGCUGGAGAAGUCGAAGCUUGAUCUCUCCAAGAAGUCGACGAAGUCGAGCCCUGAGACAGCAAUCGGUGGGGGUGGUGGAGAUAUCGGAAAGAAGAAUUUUCAUGGUGGGGGCGAUGGGGGCGAUGAUGAUGGCGAUGAUGAUGACUAUUUUGGUGACUUUGAUGAUGGCGACGAAGGAGAUGAAGGCGGGCUGUUUAGAAGACGCAUCGUUCUUCCAGAGCUCUUUGACAGGAAGUUUGUCGACGCUGUUCUUCAGGAGUGGUACAAAACCAUGGUCAAUUUACCUGCUGGGCUGCGGCAAGCUUAUGAAAUGGGUUUGGUAAGUUCUGCACAAAUGGUACGAUUCUUGGCAAUCAAUGCAAGGCCGACGACAUCCAGAUUCAUUUCUCGAGCUCUUCCACAAUCCUUAUCCAGGGCUUUCAUUGGAAGGAUGAUUGCUGAUCCGUCUUUCUUAUAUAAAAUGCUCCUAGAAUCAGCAGCCACUCUAGGUUGUUCUUUUUGGUGGGAGUUGAAGAAUCGCAAGGACAGGAUUAAACAAGAAUGGGAUUUAGCACUCAUUAAUGUUCUGACAGCAACAUUCUGCAAUGCAUUUGUUGUUUGGUCAAUUGCACCCUGCCGUUCAUAUGGGAGUACAUUCCGUUUUGACUUGCAAAAUACAAUACAGAAACUCCCAAACAAUAUUUUUGAGAAGAGUUAUCCUAUGAGAGAAUUUGACUUGCAGAAAAGGAUCCACUCCUUUUUUUACAAGGCUGCAGAGUUGUGCCUUGUUGGUUUAACCGCUGGUUCCAUUCAAGGUGGUUUGUCAAAAUUUGCGUCCAGUAGAAAGCAGGGGAGGUUAUCUGUGACCAUUCCUUCUGUUAGCACCAAUGCUCUUGGCUAUGGAGCUUUCUUAGGACUCUAUGCAAACUUGCGCUAUCAGAUGUUAUGCGGACUUGAUCAAGCUUUGUUCAACCACUUUGAUGUACUUGGUGUGGCUCUCUUUUUCAGCACGGCGCUAAGAGUAACGAAUGUUCAGAUAGGGGAGACAUCAAGACUUGCUUGGCUGGGAGUGGAAGCCGAUCCAUUGGUGCAGUCGGAAAAUCUAUUGAAAGCAUAUAACAGACCUUCUAAAGAGGCUGAUAUCGAAAGAUCAUCAGAGUCAAAGUGGUUCAUAUCUAAGAAUGCUGUCAUUUCCGGUCUCGGAUUACUUGGUAUCAAGCAGGGCAGUGGGGAAACCGAGACGGCAACUCCAAAAGCGCGCCGAAAGAGAAUUGUCCGGAAAAAGGUGAGCACAAGUUCAGAGUAGCGGCUGAUGCUUCGCUUCCGUUGGAAACAGUUUUGUAUGCAAGGUAUCGUAAUCUGCUACGUAAGAUUACUGUGACAAAUGUGAAUGAGGAAGGUCCUUUUUUGGUAAUUUUCGAGCGACCGGCGGGAUACAGCGGGAGGAACAUGAAUUGUAGUUCGAUGAAAUGUUAAGGGUCUAGGCUUUAGGAGAUCAUCAACCUUUUUUUUUCCCCUCAUUUUCUGGUCAUUAAUAUUUGUUAACUGUUGGUUCAUCCACUUUGCUGUUAUUCAUAUGCCCUUUCUAUUCUACUCACGUUUUCUCUUUUUCGGCGUGGGGGAUUGCGACUUGCUUGGAGUGUUACACAUUAGUGCUAAAAAUGGCUAUAUAAGAACGGAAAUAAUUUUUUCUCGCC